AUGGUUGGGAAGUCCCUGAUUGCUGGUCUGGUGGUCCUUGCGGUGGCUGCAGUGAGCCUGUUCCUCGGGGUAUUCAUGGGCUUAGGGAAGAAUAACACGCCUCCCCCCUCGGACCACUUCUACUCCAAGGCUGCUGUGGCUGCUGAUGCUGGGAAGUGUUCAGAAGUGGGGAGGGACAUUCUGAAGAAAAACGGUUCAGCUGUGGAUGCCUCUAUCGCUGCCUUGCUAUGUGUUGGCCUCCUUAAUGCUCACAGCAUGGGUAUUGGAGGAGGGCUCUUCUUCGUCAUCUAUAACGCUUCCACAGGGAGGGUGGAAACCAUCGAUGCGAGGGAGACUGCGCCCAUGAACGCCACUGAAGACAUGUUUGGCAACAACACCAAGCUCUCUCGUACAGGUGGAUUGUCCAUAGCCAUUCCCGGGGAGAUCCGCGGUUAUGAGAUGGCACACAAGAGGCAUGGCAGGCUGCCAUGGAAAGACCUGUUUGAGCCCAGCAUUGCCUUGGCUCGUCAUGGCUUCCCCAUAGGAAAAGCUCUGGCCCAUGCCAUCUUCAAGAGCAGGGACUCCAUUCAAAGAGACGCCAACAUGUGUGAGGUGUUUUGUGAUUCUCAUAAAAACAUCCUAAAGGAAAAUGAUAUUGUAAGAUUUCCAAAGCUGGCCGACACUUACCAAAGAAUAGCAGAGGAGGGUCCUGAUGUGUUUUAUAACGGGUCAAUGGCACAGAGCAUCGUCAAGGACAUCCAGGCAGCAGGGGGCAUAAUCACCCUGGAUGAUUUAUUGGAGUACCAGCCUGUGCUGAAUGAAAACCCUCUGAGGCUCAACGUAGGGGAAUACACCAUGCAUGUCCCAGACGCCCCCUCCAGUGGGCCUGUGCUGGCACUCAUACUCAACAUAGUGGAUGGGUACAAUUUCACAGACACAAGUGUCUCUACAGCAGAGAAAAAGACUCUGACGUACCAUCGCAUCGUAGAGGCUUUUCGUUUCGCUUAUGCAAAGAGGAGCAGACUGGGAGACCCACGCUAUCUCAACAUUACAGAUCUCAUCCACAACAUGACCUCAGACUACUUCGCUGAUGGCAUAAGAAGCAAAAUAACCGAUGACACCACCCACCCAGACAGCUACUACGAGCCCGACUAUUUUGUCCCAGACAACCACGGGACGGCUCACCUGUCCGUCAUAGCUGAGGAUGGAAGCGCUGUGGCUGCCACCAGCACCAUUAAUCUGUACUUUGGUUCCAAAGUGAUGUCUCGAUCCACUGGAAUCAUUUUCAACGAUGAAAUGGAUGAUUUCAGCUCUCCGUACAUGACCAAUGGCUUUGGAAUCCCUCCUUCACCAAACAAUUUUAUUCAACCAGGCAAGAGGCCGCUGUCUUCCAUGUGUCCCACAAUCAUCUUUGACAAAGACAACAGAGUGAAAAUGGUGGUGGGAGCCUCAGGGGGCACUAAAAUCACCACAGCCACUGCCUUAGUCAUCCUGAACUCUUUGUUCUUCAACUAUGACCUAAAGAAAGCUGUGACCGAGCCAAGAGUUCACAAUCAGCUCAACCCAAAUAUGACCGUCGUGGAGCAGGGCUUUGAAAAGAGUGUCCUGGAGGGUCUGGUCCAGAAGAACCACGUCACACAGCUGCUGCGGAUUCCCGACUCCGUGGUCCAGGCGGUAGUGCGUCAGGGAGAGUGUCUCUGCGCGGAGUCCGACCCCCGUAAAGGAGGCUAUCCGGCGGGAUACUGAACAAAACCUCCAAUCCUCUGCCUCUUCUCUGUUCUCUCGGGCCUGGAUCCGUCUCCUCAAAGACAGUUGGACAGAGACACAAACCCGUCUGCACUGAAAGAUCAAACAGUGUUUAAGCUACAGACACCACUCCUUUGACUCCAUUCCAAAAAAAACUCUUUAUCUCAAACUCAAACUUUCAGCAAUACUUAUUGUUCUGGCAUUAUUUUUGAGUUUUGAAGUAAAGUAAAAGGAUGCACCUGGUUUGACUCCAGUAUCAUCUCUCCUGGAUACAGGUCAGGGAGGUGAUGUUAAGGGAAGACCCCGCCCCAACACAUCUGCUUCAUGUAAUAAACCUUUAACCUUCAAAAACCCCCCACUUCAUUUUACGUACGACAGUUUCCAACAAAACAGUAGUUGUAGGUUGUCCGUGUUCUAUUCUCCUUUCUUUGACUGUCUCAACUAAAACACAUUGUACAUAAUUGGACAACUUUGGGGUUUGUUUUCAUGUCAAACUGGUGAAAAAAACAAAACUAGACGUGCAAGUAGAAGUAGGUAUACCAAAUACAAAUAAGGAUACCUCAGGUUAUUUUACCUGUUUGACUUCAAUGUCUCCCUAAACCGUUCUCCUGAUGUUAAUGAUUCCCCACAUGAUUAUUUAGAGGAAACUGAUUGUGUUGUUUUCUACUGUGAUUCUAUAUUGAAGCUAUGACUUUGAAUUUGUAAAAGUUUAAUAUCGAGUAGAGGUUUAGUGAAUGUAAAGUGUAUUCUGAAAAAUACAUUUGCAGAUAUAUUUUUCUAAACAUGCAUUGUUCUUAUGCCAUGUUUGUUGCCAUACUUGUUAUUAAACAUUUUGAACAAAGAGGAUAUAUUUUACCACACAGACCCUCCGGGUUCUUCUGUGCUGCUUCUGUACCGGAAUAUAAGCACACUAACUGAGUAUAUAUCCAAGUGUCUAUCAGUCUUCAUACGGGUGAUAAUGUUGAUAAACUUCAUCGUUCAGUUAUCUAACUUACUGGCUCAUUGUUUCAGCACUAUUAAAUACACAG